CAAACAUGACCAGAAACAAGCAGUUUAUUGGUUUUAGCAAACAUUUCCACCCUCGGAGUGAGCUGUUACUCAGUGGAGUGGACACACCAUCAGUAUAAAUGGGAAAGCUCCAGCAGAAUUCCCCACUGGAUCCCUUCUGCCCUGCCCACACGCAGCUGGGGAGCAGCCACGUUGGCAGCAUGAGGGGCACGGUGCUGGCACUGGGCUGCCUUGUUCUCCUGCUGCUGGCACGGCAGGGGGAAGGGGAAGGGAACAAGGUGAGGCUGUGUGGGAGAGAUUUCAUCAGAGCCGUGGUGUUCACCUGCGGAGGAUCACGCUGGAAAAGGCACCAGGAGCUGCAGGAGGGUGAAAACCCCCAGCACUUCCCACACGAGGACGAGGGUGACGCCGAUUUCUCAUCACAGCCAGAGCUGAGGUUGGGGAUCCACAGCAAAGAACCCCAGCACGUCAAACCUGAGCAAGACUUGCAAAACAGCAGCAAAAUUUCUGUGCUAAACAAACGUGAGGCAGCUGAUCUGCUGGCCACAUCCUGCUGCACCGUGGGCUGCAGCAGGAGGGAGAUCAGCUCCCUGUGCUGA